UGCACAAGAUGGCGGCGCCGGUGGCCCGCUGGAGGCCGCGGGCUGUGGCUGGUUGUUAAGUUGUGGUGCGGGACAGGGAACCACACAGGCCUCGCUCAGGUGACAGGUGGUUGGGGCAGUGCCGCCGGCCCCGUUGGGGUGCAUGGCCUGCUCUCUGCUGUCCCAUGUUUAUACCGCCCCCCAAACCCUGUCCCGGGGCGGAACUAAAGAAAGGUCAGGUCAGGCUGCCCAGCCUAUCUUCGUCCUGGGGCGGUCCCCGUGAGUGGCUCCCUUUUAGAAUUGACUUUAGCCACGUGUCACUUCCAUGGCUGCGUUGCAGGCCCCGGGGGAGAAGAUUAAUAUCCAGGCAGGAGAGACGACCAAGGUCGGGGACAGGGACCCCCUGGGGGACGACUGGCCCGAGCAGGACAGCCUUCCACCGCGUUCCUGGAGACAGAAGUGCGCCUCUUAUGUGUUGGCCCUGAGGCCCUGGAGCUUCAGUGCCUCACUCACCCCUGUGGCCCUGGGCAGUGCCUUGGCCUACAGAUCCCAGGGUAUCCUGGAUCCCAGGCUCUUGGUGGGCUGCGCAGUGGCUGUCCUGGCUGUGCACGGGGCCGGCAAUUUGGUCAACACUUACUAUGACUUUUCCAAGGGCAUUGACCACAAAAAGAGUGACGACAGGACUCUGGUGGAUCGAAUCUUGGAGCCCCAGGAUGUUGUUCGGUUUGGAGUCUUCCUCUACACCCUGGGUUGUGUCUGUGCCGCUUGCCUCUACUGCCUGUCCACUCUGAAACUGGAGCACUUGGCUCUCAUCUACUUUGGAGGCCUGUCGAGCUCUUUUCUCUACACGGGAGGAAUUGGAUUCAAGUAUGUGGCACUGGGAGACCUCAUCAUCCUUAUCACUUUCGGCCCCCUGGCUGUGAUGUUCGCCUACGCUGUCCAGGUGGGGUCCUUGGCCAUCUUCCCUCUAGUCUAUGCCAUCCCUCUGGCCCUCAGCACGGAGGCCAUUCUCCAUUCCAACAACACCAGGGACAUGGAGUCUGACCAGGAGGCCGGCAUUGUCACUCUGGCCAUCCUCAUCGGGCCCACCCUCUCCUACGUGCUCUACACCACGCUGCUCUUUCUGCCCUACCUGAUCUUCAGCAUCCUGGCCACGCACUGCAGCAUCAGCCUGGCGCUGCCCCUGCUCACCAUCCCCGUGGCCUUCUCCCUUGAGAGGCAGUUCCGCAGCCAGGCUUUCAACAAGCUACCCCAGAGGACAGCCAAGCUCAACCUCCUUCUGGGGCUUUUCUACGUCUUUGGCAUCAUCCUGGCACCGGCAGGCAGUCUGCCCAGACUCUGAGGCGACUGUUAGCUCCCUCCACAGCACAGCCCCUCCUUAGGAUGUGCAGAAGCCAGAGACUGAGAAGGGGUGCAGCUGGCCAGGGUGGGUGCCCAGCGUGGGCUGCCAGCUCCCACCCUUGUGUGUUAGGAUUAUCUUCGUCAGGAUAAUCUGUUGUGGUUUGUUUGCCAUGUUAUGGGGAGCCCUGAAACCACUUUAGUGUCCGAGGAUGAAUUGAACAUACUGUCCUGCUGUUGUUUAUAAUCCCCACUAGAGGGCGUUGUCAGGCCACUUUAGGAUGGGAGGCCCAUCUUGCUUGUUCUGAACAGAAUGCCCUAACAAUUCAUGAAGGAUCUGUGUCCCAGAAGAUCCGCAGUGACAAAGCACAGUACUGCCCUGUUACCUUGGCACACAGGAAAUGGUAAUAAUUGGCGCCAGGUCCCAUUAACAUGGAACACCUGUCCCCUGAAUGUGCUGCUUGCUAGAGAGAAAGCCCCUCAUUAACAACCAUGUGGCUCCCGGCUUUUUGCCUAGGUGGUGGGUGCUUUCGACAUUUCUGUCCUUCAUCUCUCCUUUCACUCAACGCCACUGGUGAGGAAAAUGCCAGCUCACCCUGCAGCAAGACAGUCAAGCCUGGGGCGGCUGAGGAAAGCCCUCUGCUUUCAGUAAAACUCCUCAGGGUGGGGGUGGGGGCUGCUUCCCCCCAGAAGAAUCCCCCCAGGUAGAAUCCACUAGGAUGGGGCUGGAGAGAUGGCUCAGUGGUUAAGAGCAUUGCCUGCUCU